AUGCAAAGGACCGUCGUCACCAUCAACAGCAAUGGCCGCCAAUCGGCGAGCUUCAUUCGUGUCGCCGCCGCUCUGGGUUGGCAAGUUCGCGCACAAAUGCGAGACUUGAACGGCAUAGUCGCCCAAGAGCUGUCCGAGCUGGAGAACGUGACCGUCUACAUUGGCCGCCUCGAGGACAAGAAGUUUCUCGACGAUUUGUUCAAGAGCGCGCAGUGCGCUUUCAUCAACACCACGCACUGGGGAGACGAGGUUGCCAUUGGUCGAUCGUUAGCCGACGCCGCAAAAAAGGCCGGAAUCCAACACUACAUCUACUCCAGUAUGCCCGAUCACUCGGUUUUUGGCAACAACUGGAGAGCACUGCCCCUAUGGGCGCCCAAGUUCACAGUCGAGCAGUAUGUUCGCCAAAUAGGACUCCAGGCCACGUUUGUGUACUGCGGAAUCUACCACAACAAUUUCACUGGUCUCGACUUUCCCCUCUUUCGCAUGGAGCAUCAACCCGACGGGAGUUUUGUCUGGCAAGCACCCUUCAACCCAAACCAACCCCUUCCUUGGCUGGAUUCGGAACACGACAUAGGACCGGCCAUCAUCCAACUGUUCAAGGAAGGCCCACGGAAGUGGAACGGCAAACGGAUCCCUCUGGCCUUCCAGUCGCUGACCCCAAAAGAAGUCUGUCAAUCCUUCAGCCGCGGUCUAGGACGGCCCGUCCGCUACAAGCGGGGCCCCAUAGUGAUCAACGUUCCGACACCUAUAGGCUACCGGGAGCACUUGUCCGCCUUGGGCUACACGUUGGGCGAACUGGGCGCUCCUUACUUUGGUCCGGAUCUCGAGCCCGACUUCCCAAGCGUGGCUUUGGAGCUCUGGGAGGGGUUUCGCUCCAUGGAGGAAUAUGCGCAGGAGGUGUUUCCCGUCGAAGAGGCCGCCAACGGCUUGACCUGGAUGGAAGAGGGCGACGUUUUCCACUAUCCCGGCGUUAUCAUGGGUCUGAGCGAGCAGCUCAAUCAGGCCCGAUUAUAG